UAUGGCCUCCAUUUCUGGUCGAGGAAUUCGGUUCGGAAAAGCUCAAUUAUGGGGCAAACAUUCAUUGGAUUUCUUUUGUUUUUUACGAAGAUUUUAUGCACAGAAUGCGACUUCAACGUUAGCUCAAAAACCUAUGGAGAAAAAUUUAGAAAGUGGCGACUUAUCGACUGAAGGUCCACCAGAAAAUCAAGAGAGCAAAAGAAAAUUCAGGAUUCGUCCUAAAGCUGAAAGAUUGGACAUAGACAAAGUAGACUGGCCUUCAUUUUAUUCCACAGCAAGUUCCUACAAUUCUUGGCUAGUGCCACUCCCUCUACGAAUGGGGCGGAGCAGGCAUAACAAAGUUGGAGGACUUCCAAAUCGUGAUAUGGGCAAUGUUGAACUCUUAAAGAUUCCCAAUUUCUUUCAUCUUACACCUCCAGCAAUUGAAAGACAUUGCAAGGCACUAAAAGAUCUAUGUACUGCAUGGCCUAAGAAAAAACAAGAAACCCAUCGCCCAGUGAGGAUCAUAACAAAUAACUACCUGUUUGCAGGCCCUUCACUCAGGCAUCCUAAGUCACAUGUUGUUCAACUUAAGAUUUAUCUGAAAGAUCUAACACUGGACGAUCAUGCUCGAAAGAAAUUGAUUGAGCUAGCCGCGCAUCGUUAUAAUGUGGAAAAUGAUGAAUUGACGAUUAUUGCUGACAGAUGUCCUACGAGAAAGCAAAAUCGAGACUACGCUCUGUAUCUUCUGAAUGUUUUAUAUCACGAGUCUUGGAAAACAGAACCCUGGGAACUCGAAUCGGAGAAUGUCUCUGACGAAAGUGAAACACUAGAUACCAGACCACCCAAGAGACGCCGUCGGAGGUAUAAAAUAAUAGAUAAUGAACUCUAUAGACUGAAUAGAUACGGUAAGGCUUUCAAAGUUUAUGUGAAACGACACGGAGACCGAUUUCCGUACGACAGCUGAAUAGGGAAACGGCUGAACACGAGGCGCAAAACUCUGAGUAAUAACUCGUUGGUCACUCGUAAUAACUGUAUGCAAUGCAGCAGUGGAAAAAGAUUUGCGUUUGACAUGAAUUUCCACCAUUAAUGGCAACCUAAAAAUGGCAAGCGAAAAAGAUGGAAUUCGACUUGACAGAUUAGGAAAUUAAUACUGUGAAUUGAAUAUGAGACUUUCUUGAGUCCAGGUAAAUGGAGAUAUCAUGCAAACAUGGAGCAAAUUGUACGCCGCUUAAAUUGUACGCAAGCUUCUGUGAGAGCGUCUUUAUGAACUAGUAUCAUUUCAAAUGGACAUGUCGUAUUUUUAUUUUAAUCAUGUAUGUCUUGUUUUUCUCCUUCAUACAUAAAUAACCAUUCAAAUUUUUAUUGAUUCCUCCAUAUUCUGAUUCU